AUGGCGCUGGCGGCUACGAGAGCGGAGCCGCCAUGGCCGGGGCUGAGCGGCGGGGCCGGGGCUCAGCGCGGCGCGGCGGCCAUGGCGGCGGAAGCGGAGGGGGAAGGAGAGGCGAUUUCACCUCCCUCCCUUCACCGAGAUCCCACCAUCCGGCGCUCUCCGCAUUUCCUGCGACGCCCGAGCGCUGUCAGCACCCGCCAGGGCAGCGACGCUGUCCUCGAGUGUUCGGCCUCGGGGCUUCCGGAACCUUCCGUCACGUGGCUCCGGGACGGUGACGUCAUCGCCAUCAGCUCUCCCAAAUAUUCCCUCCUGGCCGGGAGCAACCUCCGCAUCAGCAACGUCACUUCUGCUGACUCAGCGCUUUACACCUGCCUCGUCGAUUUCGGUGACACCAAUGACAGCGCCAGCGCCCGCCUGGACGUCCUGGUUCCUCCAUUUUUCCUGGUGCGUCCGUCCAACCUCUAUGGGCGCGAGCGCUGGGACGUGGAGCUGGAAUGUUCCGUGGGAGGAAACCCCACACCGAGCGUGCAGUGGCUGAAAAAUGGAGAGGUCGUGAUACCCGGAGAUUAUUUCCAGAUUGUGGGUGGCAGCAAUUUAAGGAUUUUGGGUUUGGUAAAAUCCGACGAGGGAUUUUAUCAGUGCAUGGCCAGGAACGAAGCUGGGAGUUCCCAGAGCAUCGCCCAACUCAUCGUCCUCGAUCCUGAGCUGGCUGACCCCGCCCUGCUCCCCUCAGCCCCUCAGGACCUGAGGGCCUCGCUCGUCUCCAGCCGCUUCAUCCGCCUGACAUGGCGCCCGCCCGCCGAGCCCCGCGGGAGCCUCCUGCACUACACCGUCCUCUACUCCCGCGAAGGAGCGGCCAGGGAAAGAGCCUUGAACACCUCCCAACCUGGAAUUUCUGUGGGCAAUUUGGAGCCAGAAAAUUCCUACAAAUUCCGAAUUUUCGCUUCCAACCAAUUUGGAGCUGGCAAAAUUUCCGCAGUCCUGAGAAUUUCCACCCGUCCUGAACCCCAAACCCCCGGCCCUGUGGAGAAUUUCCGAGCUUUUCCAGUUUCUCCCACUUCCAUCCAGAUUUUUUGGGAUCCUCCUGCAUUUUCUGACCCUCCCAUCCUGGGAUUUCGCCUCUUCUGGAAAGAAACAGAAACAGGAAAAGAACAGUCCCUGGACGUCUCCGGCCGCUCGUUCCUCCUGGAGGGCCUGAGGAAAUUCCAGGAAUAUCGGCUGAGAAUUUUGGGAUCCAACCGGCACGGAGAGGGGGUGGCAGCGCAGGAGAUCUCUGUGACCACCUUGUCUGAUGUUCCCAGCGAGGCUCCUCAGAACGUGUCCUUGGAAGUGGUGAAUUCCAGGAGCAUCAGGGUGAGCUGGCAGCCUCCCCCCCCAGGCUCCCAGAAUGGGUUCCUCACCGGCUACAAAAUUCGCCAUCGCAGAAGUUCCAGGAGAGGAGAAACGGAAACUUUGGAACCCAACAACCUUUGGUACCUCUUCACAGGUUUGGACAAGGGGAGCCUGCACAGUUUCCAAGUGGCUGCAAUGACAGGGAACGGGACGGGACCGAGCUCGCAGUGGGUGGGAGCUGAGACCCCUGAGAACGACCUGGAUGAAUCCCAGGUUCCUGAGCAGCCCAGCUCCCUGCAGGUGCAUCCCCUCCCCUCUGGCAUUGCCCUGAGCUGGACUCCCCCCCUGAACCCCAACGUUGCCAUCAGGGGGUUCCUCAUCGGCUACGGGGUGGGCAGUCCCUACGCCGACACCAUCAGAGUGGACAGUAAACAGAGGUCCUAUUCCAUCCUGAAUUUGGAGCCCAACUCCCACUACGUGAUUUCCCUCAAGGCUUUCAACAACGCCGGGGAGGGAAUUCCCCUCUAUGAGAGCGCCACCACCCGGGCGGCAGGUAACAAUUCGCUCCCUCCCCUCCCGCCCCCCGUGGGGCUGCAGCUCCUCCCCCUGGGCCCCGACUCCGUCCGGGUGUCCUGGGCCGACGGCUCCGAGCCCAGAAUUCCCAAAGGUUGGGAGAAGUUCCCGGAGAAUUCCCAGCCUCGAUUCUACACCGUGCGCUGGAGGAGCAGCUCGUCAGUCAAUGCAAAGUAUAAGACUUUGGACACCACGGCGUUAACCCUCGCGGUGCCGGGGCUCAGACCCAGCACCCGCUACCAGUUCUCGGUCAUGGCCACCAGGGGGCGCCGCUCCAGCCCCUGGAGCAUGACGGCUCAGGCCACCACCCACGAGGCAGCCCCCAGCUCCCCUCCCAGGGAUGUCACGGUGAUUUCCCAGCCUGGAAAAUCCCGGAAUGUUCUGCUGAGCUGGCAGCCCCCGCUGGAGGCCAACGGCAAAAUCACAGGUUACACCAUUUUUUCCUCGCCGGUUGCCUCAGCUCCUCUGUCGCAAUGGAGGCCGCAGUGGGUGGGAGCCGAGCGCCUCUCGCUGCCCGUCCCUGAGGCGCUGCUGGGCUCCGGCUCCUUCUUCAGAGUCCAGGCCAGGAACUCCCAAGGGCCCGGCCCGCUCUCCGAGCCCGUCUGGGGACAAAGCCACACAGGUGAAAUUCCAGAUAAAAUGCCCAACGAUCAAGGUCCCCUCUCCGAUGGCUCCUUUUGGCCCCUGGACAUCGACAGCAGCAGCCUGGAUGAGCCUCCCAAGAGGCAGCAGACGCCGUCGGAGGGCGGGGCCCUGCUGCUGGUCCUGGGCAGCUGCGGCGCCGUGGCCGUGCUGGCCGCGGCCCUGGGGGCCGGCCUGUGCUCCAGGAGGCGCCUGCAGAGCAAGAGGAGAAAUCAGGGCAAAAGAAAAGGGCUCCAGAAGGAGCCGAGGCCCCCGGAUUUGUGGAUUCACCACGAGGAAAUGGAGCUGAAAAAUCGGGAAAAACUUCGGGAAAAAGCCCUGGAAAAGGGGCCGGGAACGGCCCCGGAAGGACAGAACCCCCAGGGGGAAACGGCCACUUCGGAUACUCCACAAACAGCUGUGGUGAGCGCCAUCCCCGUGCCCAGCCUGGAGAGCUCGCAGUACCCCGGGGUCCUGCCUUCGCCGCCGGCGCUGCCCCACUGCCCGCUGCGCCCGCUGCCCUUCCCCAGCCUGGCCACCAGAAGCGGUGCUGGCGCCGCGGCGGCCGAGCAGCCGGGCUCGGAGGAGGCGCCCGGCAGGACGAUCCCGACGGCCUGCGUGCGGCCCAGCCACGCCCUGCGCAGCUUCGGCAGCGCGCUGGAGCCCGCGCUCUCCUAUGCUGCCGUCCUGCAGCCAGCCCCAGUUUCUCUGAAGACAGCCUCUCUGGGCUUCCCGGUUAAACCCCGCUCUCCUCUCCUGCCCGUCUCCGUUCCCAUGGCUCCGGAAUCCCCCGAGGACCCAAAAACUUCCCCGGAUUCCUCCAACGUGUACGAGCAGGACGAGCUGAGCGAGCAGAUGGCCAGUCUGGAGGGGCUGAUGAAACAACUCAACGCCAUCACCGGCUCCGCCUUUUAGUUCGAGCAAUUCCCGGAGUGGAAAUUCCCGAAAAAUGAGAAAAAUGAAACAAUUCCCUCCAAUUCCAUAAAAUUCCCUUGUUUUUCUGGGUUUUUAGGGGAAAAAAUGGAUUUUUUGGACAAAAAAAUGGAUUUUUUCCCCCCAAAAUUUGAA